CACAGGCCACAGCGGUAGCAGCUCGCCCAGUCAUCUCCUCCUCUCUUAUCAGCUAUUCUGUCGUUAUCUCUUAAUGUGCCUUAACAGAUUAGGUAUAUAAUAACAUAAAAUUCAGUGUCUGCCGUCUGGAGAACGAACAACAAAACAAUACUAAAGCAAAGAAAAUUACAAUUUACACUUUAUUUUAAAUACCUAAUUGCGUUAUCCGUGUGCUCCCAAUAACGUCACGGCUGCCAUAAGUAACAAACCAGCGCAACAACGGCUAUCGAUUUCAUCGUAGAGUCUAACUCGUUGAUUCAUCCUGUCGUGUCUGUUUGGAUUCAAUAGGAAAACCAUGGACUUGGAAAACGUCAAGCAAAUAAUCAGGGACGCCGGCACUGCCCUCAGCCGAGCCGUGCAGUUUACUGAAGAAAAAUUGGGUAAAGCUGAGAAAACAGAACUUGAUCCAAAUUUCGAGCAAUUGGUCAACUUUUCCGACAAAACCAAGCUUAACACCGAAAAUAUAAUAAAGAAUAUGGAAUUUAUUUUAAGCCUUAACCCAGGAAUGAGAGUGGAAAAUUUAUUUUUUUUGGACAAGAAGAAAUCUGGAUUAAGUAGCUUGGAGUACUUGGGUCUAGCUAUGACAGAAGCAGGAAAUGAAUUUGGACCAGACACAGCUUACGGAAGCGCUUUGAUAAAAGUUGGUAAUAUCCAACAAACUUUAGGACUCAAUCAAAGGGAGUUUGUCAAGUCGGCGAAUGAUUGCUUUGUUAAUCCCAUGAACAAAUAUUUGGAAACAGAUAUGAAAACUGUUGUUAAGGAACGCUCUUUGAUGGAAAAAAGACGCCUUGACCUAGAUGCUUGCAAAACACGAGUGCGCAAGGUCAGAAUGCUUGCAACGACAAAAGAUAAGCCGGAUGAAACAGGUCCAACUAUCGAAGAACAGAUAGAAAAGGCUGAAAAUGAUCUCAAAAUAGCCCAAGAAGAAUAUGAUCGCCAGGCAGAAAUAACCAAGUUGCUUAUGGAAGGCGUGCCAAGUGCUCAACCUCAACACUUGCAGCACCUACUUGAUUUUGUUGAUACACAAGCAGCCUUCUACUUAAAAUGUCACGAGUCUCUUAUGAGUCUACAAUCUGAUUUAUCUGGAUUUCCUUCCGACCAUGAUAAUAUUGCAACACUAUCACCUGAUACCCCGGCUCUAGGUCGCAUGCAGCAGGCAAAAGUCAUUACUAGUCAAGAACCUCGAGAUCUCAGUGAACUCAGACUCAGUGCCGGUGAAAUCAUAAGUAUUGAUGUAAACUCAGACAUCGGUUCCAACUAUUUUAUCGGUAAAAAAAUUCAAAAAGGCAAAGUUUAUAAAAGCAACGUUAGGCUCUUGAAUCAAAGUUAAACGUAUUAAAUUUAUAUACUACUUACAUUCCUUUAAACAACAAUUAUAUUAUAUUUAAAUUUAAAAUAUUUAUACUUCCUUUUAAGCUUUUAAAUAUACUUAAUGCAACUUGAUAAUGUUGCUCACUAAUUAGCCAAUCUUUACAGACUUAGUUUAUGUUAUGUAGCACGAAUAUAGCCUUUCUUUCAUGGAAGUGUAUCUGUAUUUUAAUAUUAUACUCAUUUACUAGUAUUAGUUUUAAACAAAAUAUGUAUUGAAUCUUCAAUUUUAUUAUUACUGUUUGUUAUUUAAUGAAUUUAUUAUAUAUGUUUAAUGUUUAUUCUAUUGAUCUGGUAAUUAUUAUAAGUAACAAUUUAUUA